UCGGCUGUACCACAGCGCUGGCCCCUCUGAUGGUUCUUUUUUUUUUUUUUUUUGGCAGUGGGCACAGUUUAUUCCACUUCAUGCAGACUCUGACCCACUCGUUUGGUUCUUAAGGGUGCGCUGUUUUUCAUAAUAAUCCUUUACGUGUUUUAAGUAGCAAACAUUCUCAUUUUUCUCUUUUGUCAGUUUUGGGGAAAGGUAGGUGACCUAGCAAGGAGGAGAAACUAGGAAAGUGGUUCUUCAGCAUCCUUUUUCCUUUUCAUGGAACAAACUUGCGUCAGUAUCCGAGAGAGAUGCGUGGGAUCCUGGAGCAGGCAGUGAGUGGCAGCUUCAUGGUGCAGAGCCUGGAGAACCCCGCUCAGCCCCGAGUCUAGGAGUUUCUGUUUUCUGGGCGGUGGCUUCUCUCUCACCUGAGCCUGUGGUGGGCCUGCGGGUGGAUGAGGCAGGGGGUCUUGGCUGGCGCUGAUGCUGGGAUGCGAACCCAGAUCCCCGAGUUCUGGUGGAGAGUUAGGGUUAGCUCGCUGGCUGUGAUGUUUAGAAACAGAGCGGCUGAAGACAUGUGGUCCCGCUAAGCAGCAGAGCCUGGGAUUGGGAUGUCGUCACCAGGGAGGAGGGACAGGGUGGACUGGGCGCAGGAGGGCUUCGGACUGGACAGUGUCCUGGCCAACCUGUGCUAGGAGCGUGUCCUGGUGCUCAGAAAAGCGUGUCGCGAACUCACUCCACCAGGGAACGGACUUUGAGCCCGUGGCUCAGGGGCUCUGUGGCCCCCCGGUAAUUAUAUAGAGCCCCGUGUAGGUGGGGCUGAUUUUCAUCAUACAGAAAAGGAGCAGGAAUCCCGCAUGGUGAAAACCCAUGUGAAUGGGCAGCACAGGCUAGCGAGGUGGUCUGUGCCCAUGCAAAGAGCGCGGACGGGGGGUUUGGAGCCCUGGGUGCAUUCCUGGUCUGCUUGUAUCCUUAACCUCCAGGGAAGCUGAGUUGUGAAGUAGAGGCAGCAGCGUGGGCCUGGGGACCCUGUAUCGUGGAGGCCACAUGUUCCCUGCAGAGCUGACCUUGGUUUUGUCCAUCUUUGGAGAACAGUGGGGUGAAAGACGGUUGGAAUUUGUUACCCUGGGACCUUAUUCUGCAUCUUGCGUUAAGUCGGCGGAUGCUCAGUGGCUGACGGCGGAGGAGAGGAGAGAAGCCGUACUUGACCUCAAAGCAGCAGGAUGGGCGGAAUUAAGCGAGAGAGACGCCAUCUACAAAGAGUUCUCCUUCAAAAACUUUAAUCAGGCGUUCGGCUUCAUGUCCCGAGUGGCCCUGCAGGCAGAGAAGAUGAACCAUCACCCGGAGUGGUUCAAUGUGUACAACAAGGUGCAGAUAACUCUCACCUCGCAUGACCGUGGGGGACUCACCCGAAGAGAUGUGAAGCUGGCCAAGUUCAUCGAAAAAGCGGCUGCCUCCGUGUGAUUUCUUCCAGAGAGCGUGUGCAGUCUGCUGCAUGUCUUAGCGAGACAGCUUACACCAACAAAUUAAAUUGUAAACUCCCUGCCUUUAUACAGCAUUUGAAAAAUCAGUGCCUAAAUACAAAAUAGUUGAAACCUGA